AUGCAACGGGAACGAAAGUACAGGAACAUCCUUCCAAGUCCUCCACCAACCACCAACGAGAACCUUGCCAACGAGGAUGGCGAGGCUCUCUCAGGGAUUCCAAACGGCCAAGAGGGCUCCAAUAGGAAGCGUCAAGCGACCACUAAGGCCUGCAACAGCUGUCACGAGAAGAAGAUAGGGGUAAUCCCUCAUGCUUCCACUUUAUUUGACACACCUGGGCCCUUCUUUGGCAGUGGUGCAUUCGUGCGUUAUGGGUUGGGUGUUUGCAACGGUCUGCGACCAUGCAGUCACUGCAAACGCCGCGGCCUCGCUUGCGAAUAUGCUACCAUAUCCAAGACGAUUCUGGAUUCCAUCCCCCUGGGAAUGAAGCUGCUCGAAGAGAAGACAGCCAACCGUCACAAACACGCUGCUGCAUUGCUCGGUCUUCUUCGCUUCGUGCCCGAUGACCAAGUCCACGACGUCCUCCAGCAGUUGCGAGUCGGGGGAGAUGCUGGGAACAUCGUUGAUAGCCUUCAAGGACAAUUCUAUUCCGCCGACGACCACCCCUUCCACAAACUUAUCCAGGUGGCUCCUCCCCCUGGCCAGACUUCUCUGGAGUUCGAGUUGAUGGUGCGUCACGCCGCUGCCUAUUCACCUUGGGCUCUGACAGAACUCCCACGUACGGAGUACGAUUCUGCGUUGAAACUAGCUCCAAGCAAUUCUGUCGGAUCGCCUUCUGCAGAAAUUUUGCCAAUUUCGACGAACACGCCAUCUCGCCUCUCUACUUCAGACUCAGAACCGUCUUCUUCUGGUGGUAAGCCUCGCCUUAUGACUGCGAACUCGCGAGACGGAAGUGCCGGUCAUAGUUUCAGCUUUAGUUCCCAAGACAAGCCCGGCAAGCGAGAGGCCGGAAUUCUCGAUUUCCCACCUCUCUGUGACGAAAGACUUCUCAACGCGGACAUUUUGGCAUGGACUGGAGUGAAAAUCCCCAGUCUAGCAGCCAGGAGAAUCGUUUCUCUGUAUCUCGAAACAGACCAUGCGAUCACGGCGCUAUUCGACGUUGAUCUCUUUCUAAACGAUUUGAUGUCCGGCGGCACGCGCUUUUGCUCCAGGUUCCUCGUCAGCUCCCUGCUUAGUUGGACUUGUGUAAGAUACAUUGCUCUUCUCGCAAAUUAUGGCUCACGAAUAUGCCCUGAUAUCAUGUUGCAGCAAGCUUACGCGUCAUACGAUUUGGAGGCGACGGCUUGGAGUUAUUCGUUCUAUGAUGAGGCGGAACGGCUCCUGGAACACGAAACAACAAUGGGAAUGGCAACUCCUAACACCGUGGCCGCCAUGCUUUACCUGAGCAUGUCCGCGACCUGCCAUGCAAAGAGUACUACGGCCGCUACCGAGCAUCUGGAUCACGCUAUCGAUCUUGCCAAAAGCAUAGGGCUGUUUGGCAUUGCCGACGAGGGCAUGCCCGAGAGAUGGCCAGACGGAGCUACCGACUUUCUCUGGGAGAACGCACUGGCACAAACGGCCUGGGGAAGCUUUGUCUACAUCACAACACAAUGUGCGCGGAACAAGACGUGCAAAAUAGCCUAUCCGCCUAGAUUGCCUAUCCCAGGAGACGCAGAGAACUUCGAAGACGCCAAAUCUCCGGACGGGUCGCACUUCUCAGCUUAUAUGGGAACCACAUUCCCGUACCUUUGCAAACUAGCACUGAUCGCACACGACAUGACCUGGGUGAACUACGGCAACAUCUUGCGGGUGGAGGGGUACAGCAUGAUCGAGCACAUGGAGGUGCUUUACAGACGGUAUCUAUCAUGGGCCGACAGUUUGCCGCUGGAACUGGUGGGGAGCGGAGAGCAGCGCAGCCGCCAAAGCAAAUAA